AUGGUCUCCACUACUGAUAUAACGCACCUCCGCCGCUGUGUUGAACUGGCUCGCGAAGCUCUCAACGCAGGCGAUUCGCCCUUCGCCUCCGUCCUCGUCUCAGCGGAAGGAACAGUCCUAAAAGAAGACCGUAACCGAGUCGUCACCGAGGCCGACGUAACCCGCCACCCGGAGUUCACGCUCGUGCAAUGGGCGCAGAAGAACCUGUUUCCGACGCAGCGCGCCGCGACCACUGUCUAUACCUCUGGUGAGCAUUGCCCGAUGUGCGCGACUGCGCAUGCAUUCGCGGGGAUGGGGCGGAUUUUUUACGCAAGCUCGACUGCGCAGCUUCUUGCUUGGAGGAAAGAGAUUGGGAUGGAUUCGGAUCUGGUUGCGCCGCUGGCGAUUAAUCAGGUUGCACCUGGGGUGCCUGUUGAAGGGCCAGUGGCCGGGCUUGAUGAGGAGGUGAAGGAACUGCAUCGGUUGAAGCACUUGUGGGCAAAUGCAUGA